ACUGGUCAAUCUCUUUAUAAAGUGACCUUUCCGUACUCUUCAUGAGUUUGACUGUAUCAGAUACGUGCCUUUUUGCACGACCACAAGGGUCGUACAUCAAAUAAUUUGAACAACCUCAGAACAGGAUUUUCCUGUUCGUGUAAAUAUAAAUCCAAAAUGCGUCGUAGAGUGACAGGUACUGCUUUCGAGAUGCUGGGCUGUGGUUCUACUAUCACGAGCCCGAGGUUGAGCAAGCUUUUGCUUGCCCCCAUCACGAAAACAAUCACCCCCAUCUCAACAGACAGCAAAUUAUUUCGUUCUACAUCUUCAAUACAGGGACAUACAGAACUGGCACGAGAGAGGUCAAAAACCGUCACGUCGUUUUACAACCAGUCUGCAAUCGAUGCCUCGGCAGAAAAGGCCUUGGUCCGACUGACACCAACCACCCUGCUCUAUGCUGGGAAGUCUCCGGAUGGAAACCACAUCCUGAGUAGUGCCAAGUACCUGCACAAGGAGUUGCCUGUGCGCAUCGCCCACCGUAUCAAGGGCUUCCGCAGCCUUCCCUUCAUCAUUGGCUGCAACCCCACCAUCCUGCAAGUGCAUGAGCUCUACAUUCGAGCCUACCAUGUGUUGAGUGAUUUCCCAGUGAUCAAGGACCAGGAGAUGGACGCUCGAUACAGUAAGCUGGUGCAGCAGCUCCUGGAUGACCACAAGGAUGUGGUCACUCUGCUGGCUGAAGGCUUCAGGGAGUGUCGGCGGUACAUCCAGGAUGAGACCCUGGUCCGUAACUUUCUGGACACCACCCUCACCUCCCGUCUGGGCAUCCGGAUGUUAGCCACACACCACCUUGCCCUGCAUGAAGAAAAUCCUGAUUUUGUGGGCAUCAUCUGCAGGCGACUCUCCCCCAAAAAGAUCAUUGAGAAAUGGGUUGAUUUUGCAAAGCGUCUGUGUGAGCACCAGUACGGUAACUCCCCGCGGGUGCGUAUCAACGGCCAUGUGGCGGCCCGCUUCCCCUUCAUCCCCCUGCCCCUAGACUACAUCCUGCCUGAGCUGCUGAAGAACGCCAUGAGGGCCACCAUGGAAAGCCAUCUCGACACACCUUACAACUUGCCUGAUGUCAUAGUCACCAUUGCUAACAACGACGUGGACUUUGUCAUCAGGAUCUCAGACCGUGGUGGCGGCAUCCCCCACAGCAUCCUGGACAAGGUGACGGACUACCAUUACAGCACAGCUGAAGAGAGCUACCAAGACCCCCGCAUGAACAACCUUUUCAACACCUUGACCAACAGUGGGCCUCAAUCCGGCCCAAUGCACGGGUUUGGCUUUGGGCUGCCCACCUCCCGGGCAUACGCUGAGUACCUGGGCGGUUCCCUGUCCAUCCAGUCCAUGCAGGGCAUCGGCACCGACGUCUACCUGCGCCUGCGUCACAUCGACGGCAAGGGAGAAAGCUUCCGCGUCUGAGACCACUUGCAGGGAGCACAGAUAUAGUUCCACAAGGGGCUCAACCAUUUCAGUGUAAGCCAGGGCUAGGCUGAUAUAGUUGACCAGUUGUCUCUUCACAAACUGGCCUCUUAAAGUUUCCUAUUUUUUCCUCAACUUUAAAUGGCUGCCCAGUUGGCGCUUUCACCUCCUUUUUGUUUUGCGUUUCCCUCUGUCACCGCUCUUCAGCGUUGAGCGUUUUUGAACUCUUGAGCGUACAGGUCAUAAGCAGAGCGUGUUUAGUGUUGAUGUUAGUUUGGUAGAAAGGAAACAAAUCUGCCUUAAAGUUAAUUUGGUCUGCCUUUACAUUACUUGUGUUGCAUUGCUUCUGCAAAUAUAAAAAAACUAAAGAACAGAAGGGAGAGGUCUCUAUACACACUCCAGUGGCUACUACCUGAGCAUGGAUGACGCUGCCCUUAAAUGACUUCUUUUGAAUCGCCUGUGGAGGACACCACGGAGGAUAUUGCCAAAACACCAGUCAAAACACACUGCCAAAACAAUGCUUGUGAUUAAAUUUGAAGAAAACGAGCAGAAGGAACUGUUGCGUGAACUCUUGAUUCUUAAGCAAGGCCACGAGCAGAGAUGUUCAGUUGCCUUACUGUGUGCGAUGCUGGUCCUUACAAAAACAUGCUAAUGUAACUUGUUCAAUUUCAUCUUUGUAAUGCAAUUUCACACAUACCACGUUAGUAAAUCUAAUAAAACAUUUGCAUAAUACAUUUGGGG